CUUUUUUCUGUACCAAGUUCACACUUUCUUGUCUAAUCAUCUUCACACACGGUUCAAACACUCCUUCACUUUCAAUCCCUUUUUAUUUCCAUAUAAAUAAUCGAAAAUCCUUGUUUUGAUCUUCAUUUUUCAAUGCCAUAAAAUUCCCACAAAGAAAAUGACUUCCAAACAUUUCCUGUUCCUUUUUUUCUUCAUCUUCUGUUUCUCAUCGUUUCCAUCUCACGCUCGCUUCAUCACCGGCCGUCCAUCCCCAACAGGUCUCGUUUCCGAUGGGAUUUCCACCGUCAAAAACCUACCUUACCUCCUCCUUAAACCUCCGGUUUCAGCUGAGGAGUCGUGCGAACAGUCGUAUGGGUUCUUACCCUGCACCACGACAGUCCUGGGGAACAUGUUUUUGAUCAUUGUUUAUGGAUACCUCAUGUAUUUGGCUGCUACGUACUUGUCCUAUGGAAGUGAGCUUUUGCUUGAGAUCCUCGGUCCCGGUAUUGUUGGAGGAUUGUUCUUGCCUAUGCUUGGAGCUCUUCCCGAUGCAAUGCUUAUUCUCGUGUCCGGACUUUCCGGAACUGCCGAAACUGCUCAAAGCCAGGUCUCGGUCGGAAUGGGGUUGCUAGCGGGGUCUACUGUCAUGCUUCUCACGGUGAUAUGGGGAUCCUGCAUUAUCGUCGGCAGGUGUGAUCUUCAUGAUUCGGUUGCGAUCGAUGGAACAAACACGAAAGGUUUUAACUUAAAAGAGUCAGGUGUCAGUACCGAUAUUUGGACAUGCUAUGCUGCAAGAAUAAUGGCUAUAUCAGUUAUCCCUUUUCUUAUUGUUCAACUGCCACAAGCUUUAAGUUCGACUUCGGGACGACACCUAGCCGUUUUGAUUGCGCUUGUCAUAUCGCUCUUGAUGUUGAUUUCUUAUUGCGUUUAUCAGGUCUUUCAGCCUUGGAUCCAGAGAAGACGAAUCGCUUUCGCGAAGCACAAACAUGUCAUAUCGGGAAUUUUAAGGCACUUGAAAAAGCAUGGUCUGGGAAGGCUUCUUACUGAUGAUGGUGAACCUGAUACAGAGAUCAUAAGGAAGUUGUUCGAGACGAUUGAUGAGAAUCAUGACGGUGGUCUUUCUCCUUCCGAACUGAGAGCUUUGAUCAUAGGAAUCCGAUUUGAAGAGAUCGACUUGGAUCAGGACGAUGCCGUGAGUAAAGUAAUUGCCGAUUUCGAUACCUCCCGUGACAAUCUUGUACAGGAGGAUGAGUUUGUAGAAGGAAUCAUGAAAUGGAUUAAUGAGGCAAAGCAAACCGGGGGUGCUUAUCUCGAAUCUAAUGCCGGAACGUUUAAGUUUAUAGACCAUUUUCACCAGCAAACGAAGAGAGAACAUGCUCUGUUAGGAUCGGAGGAACAAAGCGAUGAGGUCGUCGAGAAUGUUGAAAACCCUCGAUGGAUCUCGAUCAAAGCAGUACUAAUGUUAUUGCUAGGUACCCUUAUCGCAGCUGCCUUUGCAGAUCCUCUUGUAGACGCGGUCGAUAACUUCUCCGAAGCGACAAGCAUUCCAUCUUUUUUCAUCUCAUUCAUCGCAUUGCCAUUAGCUACCAAUUCGAGUGAAGCCGUAUCGGCUAUCAUCUUUGCCUCACGCAAGAAGCAGAGGACUGCAUCUUUAACAUUUUCCGAGCUUUAUGGGGCGGUAACGAUGAAUAACGUCCUCUGCUUAUCGGUUUUCUUGGCGCUCGUUUACGUAAGGGGACUAACAUGGGAUUUCUCGUCUGAGGUGUUGGUGAUUCUUAUCGUUUGCGUCGUGAUGGGCGCAUUCGCCAGUUUCCGAACCACAUUCCCGCUUUGGACAUGUUCGGUUGCAUACAUCCUUUAUCCGUUCUCGUUGGGGCUCGUAUAUGUUCUCGAUUACGUCUUCGGCUGGUCGUAGGUUCAUGAACAUAACGACUAGUCUUUUCUUUAGACAUUGCAUAUCAGAGGGACUGUUUCGGAUUUUCAUUUUGGUUAUAUGUUUGUUCCUUUCUUUUAGGCAAUGUACACCUGUUUAUGUAAUAACCAAUUCCCAAGUCGAUCCGUUCGUGUAAAAUUUCCAUUUUGUCUACUAAAAAAGGGCCUAAUUGUGGUUAUAGUCCUUUUAGAUACUAAAAUUUGAGAUUUUAUCUUUCCGUUUUAAUUAAUGUAUUUUAAUUCUCUAUUUUAA